AAAAAAAAAGACCGAUCAUCAAGAGAUUGUUCUUAUCCAUCCGUCUAUCAGCGCUAGCUAUAUCAUCCUCACCGUUCAUCGUCGAUCGCCCCAUAAAUAGUGCCGCCCUUGCAUACAUUUGCUGCAGAAGCGAGAGCAAACUCACCGAGAUGGCCGAGUUUUUCCACGCCGGCAGGACCAACACCGACGACUGCUACGACGCCGGCAAGCACAUGCACGGCAGCAGGAGGGUGUACGGACACGACGACGCCAGCGUACGCCGACGACUGCUACAACGGCGGCGAGCUGGGCGCCCUCGCCGCCGGCGCCGCCUCCGCCUCCGCCUCCGCACUGAAGGAGCAGAAGGAGGCCAAGCAGCGCAGCAGGGCGCACGACAGCCACUUCUGUCACCACUAGAGAUCGUCGAUCCGAUGAACUAUUCAUGGCCUGCAUGCAUCGUCUUCCUGCUGGCUGCUGAGGCUGUGAGCUUGUAGCGUGUGCCAUGCAAUAUGCAUGGCAGCGCGCGCAUAUAUAUGUGCCCAUCUACCUGCGUGUCAUCCCCUCAUCGUCGUCUGUAUAAAUAAAUAAAAGUAAAUAAGAGCAGAUGUGCUGCUGCUCAGUCCUGCUGCUAGUGUGUAACGUUUGCAAUCUACAGUACAAGCGCGCAUAUGCACAUAAUAUACGGUGCCCUGUCGUGUCGCGUACUUCCAUAUCUUCUGCAGUGUGUAACUAUUGAGAUGCAAUAGUAUAUAUAUUGUCUGUUAAUA